UCUGAGCAACUCAUCAAAAUCUUAGGUAUUCCAUGGCUUCACACCGUUUGCUUCCAAAGGUUGGAGGAUCCGCAAAUAUCAGCAUAGGAAAGGACGGAAUCAAAGCCUCGCUGGACAAUUCUAAACAAGAAGAUGCUAAGACACCUGAUAAUAAUGCUCCAGCUGUGACUCUCCUGCCCCGCUAUGUAGCAGUAAAGAGCUCUGGGGGCUACUUGAGGCUCAACUUCAAGUCGAGCGGGGAGGAUAACACAAAGCGUCCCUACUUGACUUUCUCGGAACAGAGCAAGUCCCGCAAAUGGAAGAUUCUGGCGUGUUCUUCAGGAUGGUGGCUGGGUAGUUGCUGAUCGAGAGGGCACACCUGCAUCCACCGAUACUGACUGUCAGUUUGAGGUGAAGCAGAUCGACUCAAACACCUAUUCGUUCAAAUCGGUGCUGAAUGGAAAGUAUCUUGGUGGUCAUACCGUGAAAAACCUGGAAAGGGGAUUCAGAGCUUCUGAUGAUACGUCCAAGGAGAGCUUGCAAGUGACUUCUGCAGAAGAUACUGCACUCACACUUCCACGCUAUGUCAUGUUCAAGGGCGGCAACAACAAGUUCAUGUGCGUGCAUGCUGAACGUGGGCAGGAAAUCUGGCUACAAUUCAACCUCGAGAACAAUCCGGACCUUCACGCGGCUUUUGAAGUUGUCCCCACUGUGGAUGGUAAUGUAGCGAUGUGCAGCAUCAAAAGGGACCGCUUCUGGAGGCUAAGUCCCAAUUGGAUAUGGACCGACAUCGAACGUUCCAAGGCACUUACCACUCCGGCGUGCUUGUUCGAGCCCAUCAAACUCAGCAACAAAGUUGUAGCCUUCCGUUCGACAGUCAACCAAAAGUUGUGCAAGCGCUACACUGAUUACUGGGUGAGUUCCCUAUGUGCCAUUGCCGACAGCAUCAACGAUAAAGAGACCCACCUGGAAGUGAGCAAGGCUGUGUCGCAUACAAGCAUAUUUGAUGUAAAGUAUCUGCUCGAGUUGGCCGAAAUGCGGGAGAUUGAAACCCUGGUGGUUGGCCGCAGCUACCUGAAGAACGACGGUGAAAAAACGGCAGAUUUACAGGCGCAGGUUACCUUGUCUGAAACACUGACCACCAGCCAAACGUGGAGCACCUCUGACACCUUUUCUAUGAGCACAAGCGUGUCUUUAACCGCUGGGAAGCCUGAAGUUGCAAGUGCUACGUUUACGCUGACUAUUGGGACUGAAACAACAAAGACCUACGAAUUUGGUAAGGCCACUCAGAACGCAAUCCAGUUUCAGUCCACAAUCACUGUCAAAGAUGUCAAGCCAAAUGAGGAGGCGAACCUAACCUUUGAAUGUACUAAAGCUAAGUGCCGAAUUCCUUUCACGUACAAGACCAGGAGCACUCGACUGGAUGGUGUCGAUCUGCCAGCAACUGAAGAAAUUGAUGGUAUUUUCGAAGGUGUCCUGGUAUACAACGUUGGAGCAAAGAUAGGACGUGGAACUAAGUUGUCUUCAGAAGCUGGAAAUAAGUUGUCUUUAGAAGCUGGAGACGUUAUCUCUAUCAACAUAGAGACUGGAGAGACACGGAAGGAGGAAGAAUGGGUGCCUAUGGAAGUGACAGAAACUCCUAUUAAUGGAUAAAUUACAGAGAACAGCGAAACAAAUAAAGAGAAAUAAAAGCUUUCCUCUGAGUGCUAAUAAAACAUUUCUUCAUUUACUUUC